AUGAGCAACAUCUACGAGUCAGCAGCCAACACACUGGGCCUCUUCAGCAGCCCAUGCCUGACCAAAGUGGAGCUGCGCGUGGCCUGUAAAGGUAUUUCAGACAGAGACGCACUGUCCAAACCGGACCCGUGCGUGGUGUUAAAGAUGCAGUCCCAUGGACAGUGGUUCGAGGUGGACCGGACCGAGGUGAUCCGCAGCAGUAUCGGCCCUGUCUUCUCCAAGGUCUUUACAGUAGACUACUACUUUGAAGAAGUACAGCGUCUGCGCUUCGAGCUCCAUGACAUCAGCAGCAGCCAUAAUGGACUGAAGGAGGCGGACUUCCAGGGAGCCAUGGAGUGCACGCUCGGACAGAUCGUGUCUCAGAGAAAACUCUCCAAAGCAUUACUGAAACAGGGCAACACAGCGGGCAAGUCUUCUAUAACGGUAACAGCAGAGGAGUUAUCUGGGAAUGAUGAUUACGUGGAGCUUGCCUUCAGUGCCAAAAAGCUAGAUGACAAGGAUUUUUUUAGCAAAUCAGACCCAUUUCUAGAAAUCUUCAGAGUCAAUGACGACGGUACCGGAUCCCUUGUGCACAGAACCGAGACCAUCAUGAAUAAUCUAAAUCCAGUGUGGAAAUCGUUCAAAGUGUCACUAAACACUCUGUGCAGUGGGGAUCAUGAGCGAGAGCUGAAGUGUACAGUUUGGGAUUGGGACUCAAAUGGAAAGCAUGAUUUUAUUGGAGAAUACCAGACUACCUUCAAAGAGAUGAAGACAGCUAUGGAUGGAAAACAGAUUCAGUGGGAAUGCAUCAAUCCCAAGUAUCAAGUGAAAAAGAAGAAUUACAGAAAUUCUGGUGUGGUGAUCCUGAAUCAGUGUAAGAUAAUAAAGAUGCACUCGUUUCUGGAUUAUAUAAUGGGUGGAUGUCAGAUCCAGUUCACAGUGGCAAUUGAUUUUACUGCCUCAAACGGCGACCCACGUAACAGCUGUUCUCUUCAUUACAUCCACCCAUACCAACCCAACGAGUACCUCAAGGCCCUGGUGGCUGUGGGGGAGAUCUGCCAAGACUACGACAGUGAUAAAAUGUUUCCAGCGUUUGGCUUUGGAGCGCAGAUCCCACCGGACUUCAAAGUCUCCCAUGAUUUUGCUGUAAACUUUGAUGAGGACAACCCAGAGUGUGCUGGUAUUCAAGGUGUUGUCGAAGCUUAUCAGAACUGUUUGCCGAAGAUCCAGCUCUACGGCCCCACUAAUAUUGCGCCAAUCAUCCAGAAAGUAGCCAACUCUGCUUCUGAGGAGAUGCACACCAAGGAGUAUUUCAUUCUGCUGAUCCUGACCGAUGGUGUUAUAACAGACAUGGCUGACACACGGGAAGCCAUUGUACAUGCCUCCCACCUCCCCAUGUCUGUUAUCAUUGUGGGAAUCGGCAGUGCUGACUUCAGUGACAUGCAAAUGCUGGACGGCGAUGACGGCAUUCUGCGCUCGCCCAAAGGAGAACCUGUGCUCCGAGACAUUGUCCAGUUUGUACCCUUCCGUAACUUCAAACAUGGCUCUCCUGCAGCGCUGGCGAAAAGCGUGCUGGCCGAGGUGCCCAAUCAGGUAGUGGAUUACUACAACAGCAAAGGCAUCAAACCCAAAUGUAUGUCGGACUUCGAGUCUUCCAGAGCUUUCAGUCCCUAA